CUCUGCUUUCGUACUCCGGACAUGCUCACGUGGCAGUCAUGUCAGUCUGCCCCACCCCCCACGGCCUAUGGUUAUGGCUUCAUUCCACACCUCUCUCUCCCCAUUCCCCUCUCUCUUUCUCUCUAAACCAAUAAUUCCGGCCAUUUCUUCUCUCUCUCCGGCCAACUUUUUCCCCUUUAUAUAUACCCUACCCUUUUCUCUCUCUCUUCCCUUCUCUAUAAUCAAUCUCUCAGACUCCUCGUGUGUUUGUUGUGAGAUUUCACACUACAAUCUUCAAUCUUUAAUCUUUCCCUUUCCUCUCUCCUCUUUCUUCUUCUUCUUCUUCUUCUUCUUCUUUCAUGGUUUUGAGGGUUAAAGUGUAUCUCAGCAGGAGGCAGGAGACCUUUUUUUGGUUCUUGGUUGGGGGAUUUCCUUGGAAUUUGAGGAUUUCUCUGUUUUUCUGAAGUGGAGUUCUGGUUUUUUUUUAUAAAAAAUUGUUCUAAGAAUGAUGAACAGAGCAUUGCCGGAGAUGUUGCACUGUUUGAACUCAACCGGGAAUUGUUCUGAUACUCUCAGUGUUCUUGAGAGGCAGAGAGCUCGUUUGAAAUGGCAGCAAGAUAUGCUUUUCCAGCAGCCGUUAAAUCAAAGCUGUUUCAGUAGAGCUGACUACGGCGGUGGAUUUCCGCCGCCGGUUUCAGUUCCAGCGGAUCAUCUUACGGGGUUUCCAGGGUACAUGAGUGGCGGCGGCGGCGUUGGUGGUGGAUUAUCUCAUGUUGAGAUGGUAAUGGGAGCAGUGAAGCCUGACCCUGGGUUGGAAGAUGGGUGGUCCGAAAUGGGGAAGUUUGAUCCUUCUUUGUUGUUGAAUCCCACUGCUUGUGAGCUUAAUUCUUCUCUCUCUCGAACCUCCAGCUGCCUGCCGGUGGUGGCUCCGACGGUGGCGGAGAAGAUGGGGUCCAUGGCUGGAAGAGAGAGCUUCAAGAAAAGGAAAGCUGAGAAAGCUCACAACACUACCACCACCGCCAACACCAAUAACAACAAGGUGACGGUGGAAGAAGAUGAGAACAACAACAGCAAGGAGAAGAGGAUCAAAACAAGUUCAGAAGGAGAAUUAUCCAAAACCACAGAUCAAAACGGCACCAAAAACAACUCAACCAUCACAACCACAACAAACAACAACAGAGAAACUUCAGCUGAUACCUCAAAAGAAAACUCUAAAGCUUCAGAAGUUCAAAAGCCUGAUUACAUUCAUGUCAGAGCUCGCCGUGGCCAAGCCACUGAUAGUCAUAGCUUAGCUGAAAGAGCUAGAAGGGAAAAAAUCAGUGAGAGAAUGAAGUACUUGCAAGAUUUAGUACCAGGAUGCAAUAAAAUCACUGGAAAAGCUGGAAUGCUAGAUGAGAUCAUAAACUAUGUUCAAUCUCUUCAAAGACAAGUUGAGUUCUUGUCCAUGAAGUUAGCUGCUGUUAAUCCAAGGUUGGACUUCAAUGUCGAUGAUCUCUUCAACAAAGAGGUUUUCCCUCCAUCUUGCACCGCAGCAAACUUCCCGUCAGUCGGCGGAAUGUCAUCGGAAAUGACAGAUCCUUCUUCCUACUUGCAAUUCAAUCCAAAUAAUCAACAAAUGGACUCGUGUUGUGGGUUAGAAAUGGGAAUCAAUACCUCCCAUGUCGCUCUUCGAAGAACAAUCAGCGCCCCUGUUUCUUUCCCAGAAAAUUUCCUCGAUUCAUCUUGCCUCACGCAAUUUCAACCCUCUUCAGGGUGGGAUGUGGAUUUGCAGAAUAUGUACAAUGUGGGUUUCGAUCAAGGAAGAUCAUCAAACGCCUUUUCAUCUCACCCAUAUACAGGUUCAAUUGAAGCAGGGAAUAUAAAGAUGGAAAUGUGAAGUAGUAGGUAGCUAGCACCCUAGAUCCCCCAUCCAUCUUCAAUCUUUCAUGAGAGAUUCAAUCCAAAAUAUUAGUCUCUUAUUUGCUUUCACUUCCAUAUCAAAAUAUAUAUAUAUAUAUAUAUAUAUAUAUAUAUAUAUUAUUUUUUUCUUUUCGAAAAGUAUAUAACUUGAUCAUAUAAUUCUAUAUAUUUUGUAUGUGUAUACAUCCGGCUCAAUUUGAAUAAGAGUAACAAACGUUAACCACGAUAUUCUUCUA